AAAAAUAAAGUUAAUUAAAUAGAAAAAGAAAUAAAAUAGAUAAUAGAGAGAGAAGUGGAGAAGUCGACAAAUGCUAAAACUUUACCCAGAUUUCGACUUCUCCCAAAAUUAAAUCCACAUUUUGACUUCUCAAUGGAACUGCAAGUUUUUGAAUCAAUUGAUAUAGAUCCAAUUGCAAGUCGUGAGGCUUCUGAGUAUGUUUUAGGUGGAAACAAUGAAGGUAGAAUGGGUUUUGGAGCUGCUGGUACUUCACAAGAUCAUCACGAUGAUGGUGGUGGCCAGAGCCGAAGGGUUGAUUGUGAAAAUGGUCUCAUUUUGGGGGCCGAGAGAAAUGAUUCUAGCUCUGUUGUUGGCUUUAACUUGAUCCCUCCAUCUGUUAGAAUCCCGUGAUCCGUAAGGGGAAAGACCGGGUAAGCUGUGCAAUCCCACACCGCCUGGGGAAGGUCAAGUGUAAUGAUUCUAAGACUGUGUAGGUAUGGGACUACACAGUUGAAGAGGGCUUAAAUGGAUUGAUGGGUACUACCUAUAUCAGGAAGGUGCAUCUUCUUUUCGGUAGCCCAUCACUUGAGAACUCCAUGGUUAAGCGUGCUUGGCCUGGAAUAAUCUAGGGAUGGGUGACCUCCUGGGAAGUUUUCCAAAGAUAAUAUUUAUUCAAUCAACUUGUACUUACCAAUACUUUGAUUUGUUGAACUACUUUUACUUUUCUCACUAUGUAUAUCAUUUAUUGUUGCAAGCAAACCGAGUGAAUAUUGGUGAGCGUGAAAGUGAUCUUGCAUAUAUGCAUGACCAAGUGAAUAUUGACCAUAUACACCAGGACAAGAAUCUGCACAUGGAAAGAGGAUUGCAUUUGGAAACUGAAGAUGAAGUUCCUCACUAUUGGAUAAUGAGAAAUAGGAAAACUGAUGAAUUUAUUAUUGAUGUUGUUGCAGUGUUUAUUUGGCUGAAAAUCAAAUUGUUAGGAAGGAAUUUUUUUGUAGACUUAAGAGAAUUGGUUGAAAACUUGUAGACUUCUUGUCUUUUUUUGUUUUUGUUUUUGUAAUCUUGGUGACAAUUAUGGUGUUUAAUCUUGUUUUUGUAAACUUGUAAAAAUGGUUAAUGAAUUUAAAAAUUCUCCA